AUGAGCAGAUGUGUCGGCGGCACAACGACGGCUCACAUCGUGCGUUGGCUUUCAAAACAACAACAACAACGACAGCGGCGUUUGCUGUCGCUCUUCCGGCUAUGUGGAACCUCGCUGAGCGAGUCGCAUGGCCUUCACGUUGUGGCGUCUUAUCGAGUUGCGUGCAGAUCAUGUAGCAGUUUUGGUUGCGGAAGCCGGAAUGGGAGUGGCGCAAUGGCCUCGCAGCAUAACCCGCACACAAUUCUUCGCACGAGACGAUGGAUCAGUGUGGAGAGCAACCGCUACCUGCACGAGCAGCAGGAAUAUAUUCCCUCUGUAUGUGAGGUGGCUGAAGAGGUGCUCACACGUUUGUGCCCGUUGGAAGAUCAACUGCCAAUAGAGACCGAGCGGCUUCUGCGCUCUCUUCAUGCCGACGCGCUUGUUGCACUUUUUGAGUAUUUUGUCGCUUACCGUCCCCGUACUCUCUUUCGUUUCCUGCGUGAAAGAGACAGCUGUAGUUGCGAAGCCUCUCCCCUCUGUGAGGUUUUAUUGGAAGCCCUCGCUGAACGCACUGUUGAAUUGUCAUCCAAGCACGUGGCAUUCAUUGGUGCUCUGUGCAGCUCGUCGGGUGUGAACGCCCGGCUCUUCCAAUUUAUCCUGUAUCAUUCCCGGCACUCCUUGCGACGAACGCAGGCAGUACAGGCGUUGCGCGCAGUCUGUACCAUGAGGUUCAGCGCGGUAGACACGAUGACAUUUGGUUCCAGCUAUCAACUGCUCGGAAGCGCUGCAAGCGGGGCAUCGCUUUGCACUUCUGCGCUGAGCUCUCUGAUGGUGCGUUGCAUGGAGCUUGAACAAACACACGAGGAGUAUGACACCAGGAGUCUUCUCUCGCAAAUGCUCAUGCGACACUAUAGCCGUGUUCAAUCUGAUGUUCGCACGGCAUGUAUCUGGUGGGUACGAAGGGGUCUUCAUAAAAGUGACGAUGCGCUCCACUCUCCAGUUCUGGAGGUGAAACUUGACGACGCGCCGUCGCCAGUAGAUGCAUUUGCAGCUAUGGAGAUGGCAGGCCGCUCGUUAAGUUUACCCGUUUUGGACGCUUCCUACGUUUCUUCGCUUGUCAAAAAGAGCUUGGCUGCUGCAUGUAAUUGGCAAAAAUCUACAAGCAGGGCAGUUCAUUUUGCCACCUCCGAGCCGGGGGAUAAUCCUGCGCUCGCACUUCACCAGCAGUUACCGACUUUGGCGCGGCUUAAUGGCGAGCUCAAACUUUUGGCGCUGGAAACGCUCUCACAGAGAGUGUUAGAAAUCACUCAACUUGAAAUUGUGGUGGGAUUGGCAGAAAGUGUUCUGCGGUACUGUCCGUCGUUGAGUCAGAUUCUCAUUCACCGCAUGCUGCAGCUCUCAUGCCUCAGUAAAGAAGGGAACACGCCAUCCCUGGCGCUGACUGCCAUGCAUCGUCUGCUACCGCAUGCCAACGUGAUGGACUUAUUAGAAGGUGUCAUGAUGCACGGUGUAUUUACAGGAAUUUCGAGAGGCGAGUGCUCGCACGAUACAAAUGAGAAUAGUUCUCCAUCUGCCUCCUUUGUGAAGUGUUUGGCGAUGCAUCUUCCAGUGAGUCUCGUCGCCGCAAUGUUUCAUCGCCUGUACCGUCAACGGGAGCUGGCGGCAUUCCGUUUGUCUUCAUUUGUACUCCGCGUGUUGCUGCAGGCUCUUGAGUACGUGGCCUCGGACGCCCUCUCCUGCGAAGAUGUAGAGUGCGUUCAAUCCUUUGUUCGACAAGAACGACGCAAAGUGCUGCCUCGUGGCAGCGGUACACAGUCGCGGAAGCUGAAUGAAGAACAUGAGGAUGGAAUGAAAGAGGAAAACGAGAAGCUGCUGGCGGCCAUCGAGGCGAGUGUUCUUUUACGGUGCUGCAACUCGAAUGGUGACGUGCUGCUCCAAUUAUCACCGACGUCGGGAAUUCCCGCUACCGACAGCUGCAAAGUCGUUUGUGUGACUAAAAGAGCUCUUACUUCGUUGUUUGGUGCAAGAGCUGCAACCUUGGUGACAACUGAGGCUGCCAUGCGGGAACGGGCAUCUCUUGCUUGGCUGUACACCAUCUACCGCAUGUCGGUAUCCAUCAUGUGUGAGCUAGAGGCUCUUGCGACAUUGGCGCUAAGACAAGGAGUGCAGCUUCGAUUCAGUGAGAAACAACGAAGCCUUGUAGAGCUUUCCGAGUCCGCUGACGAGAGUCCCAUGUUAAAGGACGCGAAUUUGCACGUAUGGGCCGGAAAAAUGGAUAAGGAUGCAUUACGUCUUUGCAUUGAGGAAUGGUUGUUGAAUAACGAGAAGAGCGGCGAUGCGUUUCAAAGAUUAAUUGCCAUGCUGGACAAGGAUGAAAUGGCAUUGUCAUCAUUUCUCAGCUACAUCGCAAUCUCGCGCCACGAUGUUGCCAGUAUGAAAGAAUUGCGACAACGAUCCCAUGCCUCCAAUGCUAUUUUUACUCGUGAAGACUCCUCUGACGGUGACGGCAUUUAUAGAAAGCCCUUAGAGUCCUUUAAAACUUGCACAGUAAUUUCAGAUUGCACGGCAGAAGCAUCCGUUGAUGACCAUGCCGUCGGAUGCCACUCUUCUUUAUCCAGUGAUGGUGGUGGUGUUGUGGUUCAUACCAAAGGAGGGAACGGAUGCGAUGGUGUUGCUGAAGGCGGUGGCAAACGACAAGACCCUCGAAUGUUGGGUAUAAUGUGUGCUGCCAGGUGUGCCCUUUCUUUUGCCAAAGAGCAUUGGGGAGAUCAUGCACCUGCUGCAGUUGAUGCGGCAUGCCUCUGGGCAAAUCUGGAUCUACUUGUCUUGAGGGAGGACGUUACACACGGGCUGGAGCACUACGAGGCUUUGCUGCGUCUGUGCCAGAAGGAAGCUUUUGUGGGUCUUGCAGAGCAGGUGCCUGCAGACAUUCACCGCGAGUUGUUUGCCGUGAUGGGGGGAAAGGGUUUGUGGGCUCAGGGAAUGAAGCUUCUCUGCCUUGCCGAGAGCACUUCAGGGGAGUCAAGGAUUCCUGUGGAGGCAUAUCAGCAAGUCAUGCGGGCGUGUUUGAUGCAUCGCGUUCCGGUUCCCGCCUUUCUGCGUGAGAAGAUUAAAGGCACCGCAUCGAUGUAG